UAUUUCCAUAUUUGAUUAGAAUACUAGUUUACUAUACACUAAGUAAUUUUUUAAACAUCACUUAUUGUAAGUUUCAAAGCUAGAAUUCAACUCUAGAUUUCACUGACUCCAGAGCCUAAUGACUUAAUUUUUAAAUUACAUUGACUGAAUUAUUAUAACUUACACAAGUAAAAUGUAAUAGUCAUAUGAUCUUUCUCGAAGUUUGAAACAACAGUGUUGAGCUGUAAAUGGUGUACACUUUUAUUUAUUCAUUUACAGUCUCAUAUUUUAGCCAUUAACUCAGUUGCCAAUUACUUCUGUUAAAGAAAUCUUUUAGUAAUCUCUUUUUAAAUGGUGGUGCCAAUAUUCUUUAGAUUUUGGAUAAGUUUAGUGCAUCAUGCAAUGUUUCCCAACAGGCAAAAUAUUUCCUUAUUUUAAUAACUUCUCAGAACUCUCCACCCAUUUAUUAUUAAGAAAAAGACCACAUGAUAACACCUCAUUGUCUUUAACAGAUAAGUGUUUACUACUAAAACAAAGUAAUUUGGAGCAAUAAGUUAAUAUUUAUACUAACUUUCCAAUUCCCCUAUCUUUGGAGCACUUGUCUCAUCAGUGGAUUUCAAAAUAGUCAGAAAAAUUGAUAGAUCAUUUGUUUCCAAUACAGCAUUUUAAUUAACACAUUAUUACAGUAGCAUUAAAAUAUUUCUGUGGACUCUGAUUUUAAAUAAUGAUAUUCCUCACUAAAUUUUUGCUUUUCAUUACUCUAACCAAUUUUAUUUUGCCAAAUGCAGUAUAUCUAAAGCCAAAAUUACUUAUUCCACCACCAGACACUUGUUCAAAGCUGUAAAUAAAUCAGAAACAAAUCUUUAGGUUCUACAACUGCAAAAUGAGCACUAGCACUUAACCCACCUGCCUUCCCAAGUUUGAUUUUGUGAUCUUGUCAUUAUAUUCAAUGGAUAUUCCUUUAUUUAAGCACAGUUCUUACAGAAUACAGUCCCUUACAGCACUCAGCUGCAAAGAUGAAUAACCAAACAGUAACUUACUGGUAAGCGAAUCUGGCCAAGAACCCAAAGAGGCAGAUUAUCAAACCUGAGGUCACUAAUAGCUCCGUUUCCGUCACCGAGCAGGAAAUAACCUGUGUGGAAUUAAGCCUUCAAAAUGCCUCUCAGGAUCCUCAAGGCAAUGACAAGAUUUCACACUGCAGAGGGAAGCUCAUUGCUGGGAUCCUGGGAAUACUGUGCCUUGUCUUGAUGGCCACUGUGGUAACAAUGACUGAGAAAUAUUCCCUCUACUGUAAUACUGGAACAGAAAAAUUCUUCUGUGAUAACAAGAACCCAGAAAGAAUAUCACUGUGGUCCUUGUCCUAAAGAGUGGUUUACAUAUUCCAAGAAUUGUUAUUACAUUGGUAUUGAAAGAAAAGUGUGAGAAGGAAGUUUGAUGACCCGUGCCUCUAAGAAAUCUAAUCUGCUUUACAUAGAUAAUGAAGAAGAAAUGAAUUUUCUGAAGUCUCUAUUAUUUCUCUCAUGGACUGGACUCUACGGUGAAUGCAGGGAUCAACCAUGGCAAUGGAUAAAUGGCUCAAAGUUUAACAAAAUGCAUGAUUAUAUGAUGGGGUGGAUACGUGAUCGGAGGUCUAAUCACAGCUUGGAGAUGAGUGAAUUUCAUAAUUAUAAUUUUGAACUGGCAAAGCAUGAUGCUUCAACACGAAGGCAACAGAGGAGACCUAUGCUAAUCACAAGUAAAUGCAGAGGAAAUCCAUCUCCAUAUUUUCUUGGCUGUUUUAUUGCUGCAACUAUGGGAAUCCGUUUCAUUGUUAUGGUAACCAUAUGCAGUAUCAUUUUCAUAAAUUCAUUAUUCAACGAAGAAUCUCCAGUUUCUUUGAAAGAAGGCUACUGUGGUCCAUGUCCUGAAAACUGGAUAUGUUAUAGAAAUAACUGCUACCAGUUUUCUAAUGAGAGUAAAAGUUGGUACCAGAGUCGAGCUUCUUGUAUGUCUCAAAAUUCUAGUCUCCUGAAGAUAUACAGCAGAGAGGACCAGCAGGAUUUCUUCAAAUUGGUUAAGUCAUAUCACUGGAUGGGACUAGUGCAAAUUCCAACAAAUGGGUCCUGGCAGUGGGAAGAUGGCUCUAUCCUCUCACCCAACCAACUAACAAUGAUUGAAAUGCAGAAUGGCACCUGUGCAGUCUAUGGCUCAAGCUUUAAAGGAUAUACAGAAAAUUGCUUAACUCCAAACACAUAUAUCUGCAUGCAGAGGAAUUUGUGAGGUGCUUAUGAUUUAUAAAUUAUAAAAGAUACAGAAGAUACAAAGCAAUUCCAAGCAUGUUGUCCAUGAAGAAAAUAUAUAUAAGAAAAUUUUACCAACAUUUAUUAGAUUAUCUACCCAUAUAUGUCAUCCCACAAAAAGUAACUUUGUAGGCAAAGAGGAUAAACAAAUAAAGAACUUUUCUUCUAUCA